GACAACUGUGUGUUAAAACAAUAUCUGCUUGUCAGUACCGCGCCGGCCACCGAGCAAGCCGAGUGUGUGAUUGUGUGUAGUGGCUGAAAACACUCAUUGUCACCGUCUACCUGUCUGUCACUUGCCGCUCUCGCCGCCGCGGUCGCCGGAGCCACCCAUCGCUUCCCGCCAUUUCUUCUCCGGCUGCCAUACUCUCUACACGUGCGCAGCGCGGCAAAACCAGUGACACGCAAAACGAACGAUACAAAUUCAAACACAAAACUCGCAUAACGCAUUCCUUUUCCAUCUGUGAUAAUGGUACAACUUUAGUGUCGUGAAUUCCAAAAUAAAAAAGUUUACAAAGUUUCUGUAAUGCGGUUAUUAGUAUAAGAUGUCUCGAGCGUCGGCGUUCAAGACAGUUUUUUAAAUUUUUAUAUUGACGAACUCGGUCGGGGUACUAAUGAUGACAAAGUACAAGUUGAACAAUACAGUGAGGUCGGCGUCGGAGGUGACUCUGACUUCGUACAUGACCGGUAGUAUGGACAGCAGGAAGGACGAGAGACACUACCAGAUACCGGAGUUGGAUACCAAUCAGAAUGACAACGCCAACACUGAGUCCAAUAGGAACUUGGACGCGUCGAGAACGUGCAAUGUCUGUCCUCAUUCUUGCGAGUUCCUGCAUCAGAGUGGAAAGUUCGCUGCUUCCUUAGUGAAGGAGGAAUGCGGGAAGUUUGGCUUGAACGAGCUCAAAGUGGAGGGGUUGGAGAAGAACGUGUGCCUGUGCGAGAAGUACAACGGAGGCUGCAAGCUGUGUCCGCGGCCCAGUCUCGCACCUACCCUCAAUCUCAGCCUGGACGGGAAGGAGUCUUGUCUCUCCUGCCACGACUCGACCUGUGCCACACACUUCAACCACACCAAUGGCUACGGAGGGGGAGGUUUUCCAGAGAAGGAGCAGGGUGGCGGCAGUGGCAGCGGCAUCAGCUGGCGGCAGCUAGCAGCCAGACGCGCGCGAGCCUGCUGCUCCACCAAGAUGCUGCUGCGGCGGGUGCCGAUCCUCGCCUGGCUGCCACAGUACUCCAUCAGAAGCGGACUGGCUGAUAUCAUUGCAGGCAUCACGGUCGGUUUGACUGUGAUACCUCAGGCGAUCGCGUACGCAGGCGUGGCCGGGCUGCCGCCACAGUACGGCCUCUACUCCUCCUUCAUGGCGUGCUUCGUGUACACGGUGUUUGGGUCCGUGAAGGAUUCCGCCAUCGGCCCGACCGCCAUCGCCGCCAUACUCACCAGGGAGAACCUGCACGGUCUCGGGCCGGAGUUCGCGGUGCUGCUGGCGUUCCUGUCAGGUUGCGUCGAGCUCAUCAUGGGCAUACUGCAACUUGGAUUCCUCAUCGACUUCAUCAGCGGGCCGGUGUCGGUGGGGUUCACGUCUGCGGCCGCCAUUAUCAUCGCUACCACGCAGGUCAAGGACAUCCUGGGGCUCAGCUUUCCCGGGGGCAAGUUUCUGCAGGUUUGGACGGGACUCUACGAGCACAUCGGUGAGACUCGACUCUGGGACGCCGUGCUCGGCGUCUCGUGCAUAGUCGUGUUACUGCUUCUGAGGAAAGUGAAAGACAUCAAGGUGGGGUCAGUAGGCCCGGAAGCAGGAGAGCGCGCGCGGCGCGUGCGGGGCUGCGUGUCGCAGGCGCUGUGGUUCCUGGCCACCACGCGCAACAUCCUGGUGGUGCUGGUGUGCGCCGCGCUGGCAUACUACUUCGACACGCAGCAGAAGGCGCCCUUCGUACUCACAGGUGACGUGAAGGCCGGGUUGCCACAGUUGUCGCCGCCGCCGUUCUCGGCCACGGUGGGCAACCACACCUACACCUUCGUGGAGAUGGCCUCCACGCUCGGCUCCGCCAUAUUCGUGGUGCCCCUGCUAUCUAUACUGGAGAACAUCGCGCUCGCCAAAGUCUUUUCGGAAGGCAAAUACGUGGACGCGACCCAGGAGAUGCUGGCGCUGGGCGUGUGCAACAUCGCGUCGUCGCUGGUUGACUCGAUGCCGGUGUCGGGCGCGCUGUCCCGCGGCGCCGUCAACCACGCGUCCGGCGUCGCCACCACCGCCGGCGGCCUCUACACCGGCGCACUCGUGCUGCUGUCCUUACAGUAUUUCACUCCAUAUUUCUACUACAUUCCGAAGGCGUCGCUUGCAGCUGUCAUCAUCGCCGCUGUAGUUUUCAUGAUGGAGUUGCACGUGUUCAAACCAAUUUGGAAGACGAAAAAGGUUGACCUGAUCCCGGGCGUGGUGACAUUCGGCAUGUGCCUGGUGACGCGGCUGGAGCUGGGCAUCGUGGCGGGCAUCGCCGUCAACCUGCUGUUCCUGCUCUACGCCUCUGCGAGACCCUCCGUCACUGUCACGCAUGCUGUCUCGGGCGACGGCGUGGAGCACGUGGUGGCGGCGGUGGACCGCGCGCUGUCGUUCCCGUCCGCGGAGUACGUGCGGCGCGCGCUGCGCAAGGCCGCGCCCGGCCCGCGCCCGCUCGUGCUCGACGCCACGCACGUGCAGGCCGCAGACUUCACCGCCGCAGAGGGCAUAAAAUCUCUGAUCGAGGACUUCCACGCGCGCGGCCAGACGAUAAUCUUCUACAACGUGAAGCCAUCGAUCGCCGGCAUCUUCCGCGGCGUCAAACCACGCGAGUUCCUGCACUGCUCGUGCCGCGCGCAGCUCGACCAACUAUUGCUGCGCGCGCACAAUCUUGCCAAGCAGCGGGAAAAACAGGAACCAUAGGGCGUGCGCGGCGCGACGCAGCCAUCGCAGCUAGAUAGAUCUCCGCUAGUUCCCAAGUGACAUACGACAGUAUUUAUUAGUUGAUGUACAUACGUAGCCGCGUACCAUAACGUAUUUAUUAGCCCUCUUGUAAGUUAGCUGUACUUUAGUCAUAUACGUGUGUGAUUGACGUCGUCCGGCGGACCGACAGUAAAUAAAUGUUGACUUUGUUUGUUUUCGUUAUCUACUUCUGUAGCAAGAGGAGACGCGAUUCAGUUAUAGUAAGACUAUUCCUUUAAUCGUGAAUCUCAACUCGUUUAGUGUAUACUGUAUAGCGAUCGGUAUGGCUGUGAAUUGUGUCUUCGAGAUGAUGUCGGGAUCAAUUAUAAUGUUGUUUAUGAAUAAAACGAUCGAUUGGAGAUAAUAAA